AUGACCUCUGACAACUUAGACCCAAACAUAAGGUCCUGGCUUAAAGCAAAGGGUCUCAGAAAUCACGAAGACAUUGUGCGCCUAGAGUCUUCGGCAGAAUUAUUAACAGUGGUUCUGGUGAUGCUCACGCAGAUUCUCCCUAGAAGGAUACACGGAGAUACGGGAAAGAAAAGCAUAAUGCUCCCUUCGAUUAACAGAAGAAGAGGCAUUUCUGACAAGGACCAGUUGGCCAUAGUCCGAAAUCUCUGGAAAGAAAUUCCCACUCGCAGCAGUCCACAAGAUAACUCUCUUCAAGCGUACAACGUGAUGGACUUAAUGGACGAUGAGACGCUCGAAGCCCAACAUGACCUGGAGCGGGAGAGUCUCUCGGGUGCGAUGAUCACUGGUGAUGAGACGACCCACAACUAUUUUUCUCGGAAUAGUCUUGCAUUGCAAUCGAACUUGGCUGAGAUCUCAAUGCUUCGAAAGUGA